UUAAAGUAACGCGUAUAAAUAAAAAAUUAAAACUUCCUGUGGUGAAUUUAGGUAUCCGCAUAUUCUUAUAUUUAUAAACCAAUGUCCACAAAAGAUGAUCCCGAUGCUUACUUUAAAGAAUUAAGUGUACCUGAUGUUCGUGCGCUCGAACAAAAAACUCGAAAUGCUAUAGAGACUCAAAAGAAGGAAUUGCGUGCCAUGGUUGGUGAGCAAUACCAAGACUUAAUAUCGGCUGCAGACACCAUUAUUACAAUGAGCCAAAAAGCACAUUCAAUUCAAUCUAACUUUAAACAUAUGCAAGCAGCUUGUGAUAUCAAUAACAUUAAAGAAAGUGCAAAAGAAAGGCUACAGAUACAAGAUGAAAAAAAUAACCAAGGUAUUUGCAGUUUAUAUAGUAUUUGACAAAAGCAGGCUAAUCCUAUUUUAUAGUUUAUAUAGAUACAAAACGAAAUGAUAUCUAUAUUAUUGCUGCUCUAGUUAAAUCAUUAGCAGAUGUUCCUGAACAAAUAUGGCACGCUUUAGAGAAUCAUAGAUAUCUUCAUGCAAGUCGACUAUUUAUAUUAACGAAAAAAGUAUAUGA